AUGAUUUACUCCAUGUUUGCCUUGAUUUUGGUGUUUUGCUCCCUGGCCUUUCAAGGAACAAGAGAUAACCCGACUAAGGUAGCUGUCAACAAGAAUAAGUUUGCGAACAUUGGCGCAAACAAAUUCCGUAGAGUGGUAGGCUUCGUUGGUCGUCUCCCACAUGUUGCUGCCUUGAAUCUGAGCCUCUGUGAAGAAACUAGCAGCACUGUCUUUUCUGGUUUAAAGGAUUUUCUCAUUAAGUUGGUAUGGGGAAAUGCCUUUGUGGAACAUUUUCCUACGUUUUUUGAGGUCCUUGAAGAGAAAAAGCUUAAAGAAUUGCAGUUGAAGCAAAACGAGUACUUGCUGGAUUUCCAGGUAGCGUCUGUUACGGAGUUCAACCUGUCUGAUGUAUUCAACGUAACGCUGAGUUCAGGUGUUGCCCACACUGUAGUCUUCAAAGAAGAUCGGUUCAUCGAGUCCCUUUACACUGACUCUCGCAUCUAUACCAAGAUCGGCAGGAGUUGUGCUUGAUUUACGAUAUCAUGUAUGCCAAGACUGGAACCGAAGCUGUCACUGAAUCAUUCUACCGAGUGGUAGAAAAACAGGAAAUGGACGGCGGGCAAAGCUUAGAAGUUCUGAGCAACCACGCGAAAGUUGACUGGUGUUUCCCACCCAUCUUACAGUGUGAAAGGGCGUUGACAGAAACGGCUAAGAUCUACAUCAAUGGCAACAAGACACUAGGUAUAAAACGACAUCACAUCCCUGUCUUUAAGGCAAAGUCUUCCACUGAUUUGUCAAAGGUACUCAAAAGGCUGUCGGUAACUCCUGCCAAGCUUCCGUACUUACUGUAAAUGCAUAUGAUUCAUAUGAACAGUGGAGAACUCAACUACAAGUCAACUGUGUUCAUUUUGUUAUUAAUACAACAGUUGUACAUUUAAACAUUUGUUUAAGAGGGAGGCUUUUAGGCUUUACAGUCUUACAUGUCCAUCUACUUCAUCAAUUAGACUAAUUAACGCCUAACAAUUAGAACUAAUCGUGUUUCAUGAAUACUGCAGACUAGUCACUCUUCAGUUACAGGUUAAUGUAAACUUUUAAUGCGCAUUUAUAUCAGAAUAGUUAUAAGUUAUCUUUACUAUUCUACUUAUCUAUGAAAUGGCGAAAUGCUACUAAUAUUUAGUGAUAUAUACGUUAUAAUUGCACUGACAUUGUUAAUGUUAUCAUGAAUAUUUGAUAUUUCCAAGCAAACCACUGCAAGCAAUGAAGCAAACAGUUUUGUGAUCGACCCUGCUGGAAAUUAGACACAUUUGUGUAAUUCUAAAUUCUGCACAGUACCUGAACAACAAACCAUUCUUCUUCAAGCAGUGCCUGAACAGUGAGCCAUUCCUCUUCAAACAGUACCUGAACAACAAACCAUUCUUCUUCAAGCAGUGCCUGAACAGCGACCCAUUCCUCUUCAAGAAGUAUCUGAACAGCAAACCAAUCCUCUUCAAGCAGUACCUGAACAACAAACCAUUCGACUUCAAGCAGUACCUGAACAGCGAGCCAUUCCUCUUCAAGCAGUACCUGAACAGCAAACCAAUCCUCUUCAAGCAGUACCUGAACAGCAAUCCAUACCUCUUCAAGCAGUAUCUGAACAGCAAACCGAUCCUCUUCAAGCAGUACCUGAACAGCAAAUCGAUUUUUUUCAAGCAGUACCUGAACAGCAAACCAGUCCUCUUCAAGCAGAACCUGAAAACAGCAAACCAAUCCUCUUCAAGCAGUACCUGAACAGCAAGCCAUUUCUCUCCAAGCAGUACCUGAACAGCAAACCGAUCCUCUUCAAGCUGUACCUGAAACAGCAAGCCAUUCCUCUUCAAGCAGUACCUGGACAGCAAACCAAUCCUCUUCAAGCAAUACUUGAACAACACUACGAUAUGUUCAACUUAAAUAUGCUCAACUUGGAUAUGUUUGACGUGGAUAUGUUCGACUUGGAUAUGUUCAACUCGAAUAUGUUAUUGCAUGAUCUAUCAUGGACAAAUGAUGAAAAAGAAUUGAACGAACUGUUUUUAUAA